GUGAUUUGAUUUUAAUUUUUAUCAGUUUGACGUUGUUUCACGCGCCUAAUUUUUUAGAUCUCCACGAGUGUUUUAGAUUGUCUAAGUUACCAAUACCAACAAAUCACUUCUGCCCAUCGUUUUAUUCAUUCAAAACUUUAAGAUUAGGAUAGUAAUUCCUUAAAUUUUGGAGUUAAAUAUGGAUAAAGUCCUAAGUGAUGUUUUUCAUCAAUUAUCUCCUACAAAUUUUCCUAUAGGAUCAAUGCAUUGGGUUCAUGUAACCCAUAUAAUUGACCCGCAUAACUUUUACGUACGAUUGAUGCGUCUUAGUGAAUUUUUGACUGAGAAGAUAUGCACUAAUCUAACCGGAGAACUAAAGAAGCCUGAUAAAAUAAGCCCGGGAGAUUUAGUUGUAUACAAGGAUACUAAGAGGCAAAGUGAACAUUAUUUAAGGGGUACAAUAAUUGCUAUAGUCGAACAAGAAGGUAUUUGUUUAUACAGCAUAUUUGCGAUAGACUAUGGUUUCACGGACAGUAACAUUACAUAUGAAAAUAUAUGGAUAAGUAGUAACCCUUGUUUGCAAGUCCCACCAUUAUCGAUUUGUUGUAAGUUGGAACUCUGUGAACCGUUCAAAAGCACUACAUGGAAAACCGAAACUAUUGAAGCAAUGAAAUCAAUAGUAGGUAACGAAAAAGCAAAGAUUAUAGUAAAAGGAAAAAAUAACAAUAAGCUGACCGUAGAACUGAUUAAUUCAUGUCCUGAUGAUAUAUCAACAAUGCUUGCAAUAACUGGCUAUUCCACAUUUGGAUAUGUGGGACCAUCUACAAGUAGACUAACAAAUCCUACACCAAAGAAGAUAUAUUAUUCCCAAAAGAGUCUGAAGGUUAAUGAUAAACUUCAUGUAAGAGUUCAAUCUGGGAAAACUUUACAAGAUUUUUUUGUUGCUGAAAAGAGUGACUAUGCAAAAUAUUUAAAACAGGCAAAAGAAAUCUCAAGAAUUGCUAAAGAGGCAAAAGCUUUAACAAGCGAAGAGUUAAAAGAAAAUAUGCCGGUGCUAGCAGGACCGGGCUAUGUGAAUUAUGAGAGAGGAUUAAUCAAGAAAGUGACCGAACCGGGAAGAAAGGCGCUAGUUGACUUUGUUGAUUUAGGAAAAUCAAUGAAUUUGUCAAUUAUGACUUUGAAGCGAAUCUCAUCAGAGAGUCUUCUAUAUCCCCCGAUAGCCAUACAUUGCUGUGCCAUUGAAAGUCAAAUUUGGGAGUCUGAAUGUUAUAAACUUUUACGGCUUGGAAAUGAGUUUUAUGUAACAUUUAAAAAACUUGGCAAUGAUUCAGAACCUCAUGUUGUUGUUAUAACAAAAGAUUGAUUAAUUCUUUAAACUCAUUUAAUUAAACUUAAACUUACUUAAUUGAUUAA